AUGGGAGAAGACAACGACCCUCCCAAGAACCCCUUCAUCCGGUGGAAGCAGCAUGUCGACACGCACAUCGGCACCACGCUCCACGGCUUGCUCGGCAUCCCUAACAUGGUAUCCAAGAACCUCAACAUCCGCGGAGAAUCUGAUAAAGGGCCCGACACCAGCCCUGCCAGCGGAACACAGCCCUCGUCGUCGUCUAACACAUCUCAAUCGCCCGCACCGCCGCAAACGAACGAUAGCUACCACUCCGCAUUUCCACCACACUCUUCUCUUCCCUCCGACAACGACGACUCGCUCGAUGGCGUCGAUGCCAGCCAGCUGCUAGCGUGGCACAAGUUCAUCUACUACUCGCCCUACUCGCCGCUCAAGCUCCAGCAGCAACAGCAGCUCCACCUCCUCCCGCCGCCUGUCCCCCAGGACGUCCCGUUCGGUGCCGACCCGUUCGCCUUCACCUACGCCGAUGCCUUUGAGGACCUGCUGCGCUCCAGCAGCGGGCGGCCGCUUCUCGACCUAGCCGACCGCUCGUACCGCAACCUUCGCUACCAGAUGCGCUACGGAAGUGCCAUCGAGCCGCCGUAUGUUUUCUUCCAUAGGAUGCACAGCCAGCGUCUUCUCGACGCCUACUUCCCGCGCUCAUCCGUGGCAGGUGGUAGUGCCGAAGCGGCCACUGGUGAGGCAAACACGCCACGUGACGACGUUGUGCGCGCGGUUGCUGCACUGGCAGAGCGGGACCGGGACCUGUGGAGAGAGCAGCUGGAGGAGGAGGACGCCGACAAGAACUAUGAGAAUGAGGACGAGAACAAGCAUGAGGACGAGGACGAGGACGGGCACGAGCACGAUGCCGAGCACGAAAUCAACUCUGGACAGUGGGAUGACGAUGCGGACGUGAACAAGACCGUCUCGCACAGCCCAUGGAACCAGACGCAGGAGACCCGGGACGCCGGGUACGGCGGCAGAUUGUUUGACGAGCUAGACCGGGUCUUCCGUGUUCUGAACCGCAUCAUUCGCGAGGAGACAGGUGGGUCUACAGACGACACCAAGACAGAUGGCGCAUCAGCGGCCGAAAAGAACGAACCCAGCGCGGAAGACGAGCUCUACAACGCAGUACGCUCGGCGUAUGCCAAUGCCGAGAAGUCGCUUGGGACGCUGAUCAAGUCGUUCUCGGGCGGGUUCGACGCCGAGGGCCGUUGCUCACGGUCUUCCUCCUCCUCGUCCUCGUCCACGACAGAGACAUCUGUAGUCCGAGGAGGAGACCACUCGGCUGGAGACGGCGAUGGGCGCCAGGGUGAGACCAUCCAGACGACCGAGGAGCAUGUCGACGCGUUUGGUAACCGCCAUGUCAAGAUUACGGUGCAGCGUCUCGACGCUGAUGGCAACGAGGUGGCGCGGGAGACGAGGUACACCAUCCGCUCACAGUCGCCGCAGGAGGCUGCAGCUUCCAAGGAGUUGUAUGACAGCGAUGAUGACGAGAGCAACAAUGGCAGCAAACAGUCCCAGGCAGGCGAGAAUAUCGGGACUACUUCGAAGCCGAGCAACAACAACAACGACGGCACGAAGAACUCGGGCUGGUUCUGGAAAUAA